AUGGAUGCGGACAAUGUAAACGUCGACACGUCAAGGCUGCAGUUUGCCGACGAGCAUCCAGCCCUACAUCCACAGCUCCAGGAUCCAUUAUUCGGCAGCGCUCGCAACAUGGUGUUAAUGAACCACUUUUCUGAGCAAACUUGUCUCGACAUCGAUCUCGUUGCUGACGGCGAUGCACUCUGGCAGCGCGAGGCAGUCCAAGCAUCAACCUGCUUCCCCUUCCUCCAGCACGCACUCAUGGCACUCUCAAGCUUGCACAUAUUCCACAAGAACCCACCGAAUGCUCAGGCAUAUUACGCUUCCGCCUGCUGGCAUUCCACGCGAGCAUCCGAGCUCUUCCGCGGGAGUGUCCACACCAUCGAUCACAACAACUGGCAGCCCGUGUUAAUCUUCCUCAUUGCUUGCAUCAUAUUCAACUUGGACAUACUAUUCCUCGAUCAGGCCGCCGACUACGCCAAGCAUCCCAUCAGCCCCGCCUCUAUUCUGCUACUCAUGCGCUACCCAGGCUCGUUAAGCAAGCAGCUCAUCUCCCGGCUCGUCUCCGGAUCGCUCGCAGCGACUCUCCGUCGAAGAUACAGCUUUCAAACUGCGGUAGAUGAACAAGUCCUCUGCGCUAUCCAAAGCCUCGACGAUUUCUGUGCAGCCAAGAUGAACUCCAGCGCAGAUGCCGAAUUCUACAACGAUGCGGUAAAGUCACUCAAGCGCUGGGCUGAGUUGGUUUCAUUGGGUUCAAGUCAAAUGUCAAAUGAGCACCAAGAGUAG